CCGCCGAUCGUCCAUCCCCCGGUAACGACGAUCCUCACCACUGAAGCAUCUAAGAACUCUAUUCUUCAAUCUGCACAUCGUUUGAAGCUGAGGCUUAAGGUGUAUAUCGCAGCAAAGGUUUGAGAUAUGGACGAGACGAUGAAACAAUUCCAGCAAAGUCUAGUUGAGCUUGAAACUGAAGCAGAGAGACUGCUUUUAGCUCGAAAUCAGCUUGUGGAAAAUGACAAAAUGCGGAAUGGAAAUAGGGAAGCACUCACGGCAUUAAGAAAGAAGGCUCGCACUACAAAAACUAGUGUUCCAUCUCCUUUUGAGUCGCUUAUGAAGGAUAUUGGUGGCUCAGGAUCAAGGUCCUUGGUGCAUGAGGUGUGUUCAACAUGUGGUAAUCACGACUCGAAUGAGCCCACGUGGAUGAUGUUCCCUGGAACUGAUAUUUUUGCAAGCAUCCCAUUUCACGCAGCACAUUCUAUUUUGGAAGAAGAACAAUCCCAGCUGGAUUUUGAGGCAAAGAGAUUGCAGAGCUAUGUAAAGGAGAAGUCCAUUGUCAUUUCAGAUAAAGGUGCACUUGCUGAUAAGAUCAGUCCUGGUGUGCUUAGAUCUCUGGUGACCUUAACAGACAAACAAAAACUGUAUGCUUCUUCAAAUCAUUACGCACCUCUUUGAUAAAUAGUAUCCCAAGAGCUGUUGCUGCCACAAAAUCCGUAGCGGAACAUUCUUAAUCAUUCUCUUUGUGAAAAGCCUAGCGUAACAGCAAGGAAGCUUUUGAUGGAAGACUCUGAUCAUAAGCAUGGAAGCGACUGCUGGGAUUGCAUUUCCUGAAGAUGUUUUUCUGCUUUGGCAUUUUCUUUUUGGAUGGCUGCUUCCAAAUGAUGAGUCGGUGGAGCUUAUAAAACUGGUUAAGGUAUGCCCGUGAAGAACAUAUUUGAAGACUGAAGGCUAGGAUGAGAGUUGAGUAGGCUUAGAUCUGAGGGUUUAACAUUGUCGACUCUGUUAAUUGUCAUGUAAUCUCAAUGACAGGACGAAAACGUGAGAAUUUAGAUUGCAACGGCUUAUCUUUUUAGGAAGAAAGUGCGUAUGCUCUU